UUUCAUGUGUUUCCCUUCUCUUUUAUAACAUGAGACGACGAGAUCACUCUCUCUCUCACUUUCUUUCUCGGUGAUAUUCGCUCCCGCCAAGCACUCCACCGCCUCUCCGCCGGCGACGCAAAUCUCUGAUUAUCACCGGAAUCGGUUCCGCUAGUGUCUCUGAUCUCUCGCCCGCUUUACUCUUGUGCUCUCCGUGAACUAGCUCAAAGGAUCUGCUGGAUAGAUGUCAGUUGCAAAAUUCAGUACUUCAAAUGCCACUGACUUAUUGAAAUUAGAGGAGGGGAAUGAUCCAGUGGACACUUUGUUUAAGCAAUCAAUUGUGAAAGAUCCCUUCGUCUCUUUGAUGAAGGCUAGCGACCCGCCAAACCAGUGGAUCCAAGUGCUUCAAGCUCUAGACCAGCCAGAUUCACGAGGUUGGCCUUUCCUUUCUCCUGUAAAGGUGCAGUUGCAGAAAUGUGACAAGUGUCGCAGUGAAUUUUUUUCCCCUAUUAACUGCAGAAGACAUAUACGUGUUCAUCAUCGGCUGAAAAUUCUCGAUAAGGAUACUGGCAAAGAUAGAGAGCUAUUGGGAUCCUUUUGGAAUAAGCUGUCCGCAGAAGAAGCAAAAGAAAUUGUAUCUUUUAAGAAUUUGACCUUAGAGGGAGUUCCUGGGGCAACAAUAAUAAAGAAUUUGGCAUCGCUAAUUCUUCGACCGGGAUUUUCUCCUCUGUCACAAGCUUGCAAUAGAAUUGGUGGAGAUCUUUUGGAUAUCAUCCAAGCUAGACCUUCAACAUUUCCUCUUUCUGCGCAAGAAUUGUUUCGCAUCCUUGACAAUGCCAGUGAAAAGACAUUCUUAUGUGGGCCAGCUUUAUCAAUGCAAAAGUAUAUUUUUAACGGAGAAGCUGCAAAAAUUGGUCUUGAGGCAAAGAAUAUAAUUGCAUGCACCAGCUUUUUCUUGGAGCAACAACUGGUUAAAGCUUGGAUAGCUCACAAAGAUGCUGAAGCUUUGAGAUGCCAGAAGUUGUUGGUGGAGGAAGAAGAAGCAGCGCAGAGAAAACAAGCCAAGCUUCUGGAAAGGAAAAGGCAGAAAAAGCUCUGGCAGAAAGCAAGAGAUAGUAAAGUGGAAGAGGAGAGGGAUCAUAUUUUGAAGAAGCUUGACUCAUCCAAGGCUGGGCCAUCUGCAGAAUCAUCAGGGAACUUCACUUCAUCGGUUUCAGAGAUGUCCGUCUUGGAUGAAGCUGCAGAUAAGUUCGCUUUAUCUCUUCAAAUUUCCCAACAUCCUCGAGAUGCUGAGGAAGGGGACUCUGAAGCUCAGGCAGGUCUUGGAUAUAAUUAUAUUGAUCCAGUCAUGUCUCGGAACAUUAAACCACAACAGUUUCAAGGAAACAGCUAUCAGAAUUCAGGCAAUGGAGGCAAUGGCAGGUGGAAAAUGCCUUCGAGGUCUUAUGCUUCGUCUCAUGGCUUUCAUGGGAUUCCCAAUAAUCGAGCAUUGAGGAUGGAAGUCAAGCAAAAUCAUGAGAUGAAGGACGUCAGAGCAUCAACUACGGUCAAUAGCAUAGUAAGAAGUUGGAAGCCAAAACUUGAAAAUAACGAGAAUAGGAAAGUUAAAGUGCCGAGUGAUGCUAUUCAUCAAAACAGUCAGAGUAAGAAACAGGAGGUUCUGAUUGGCUCUAUACCGAUCACAAUAGAAAGCUGUAAUCAUCUCCAAGUUCAUGAUCUGGAAGGACAGGAAAUUGACGUGGCACUGGCAGAAUAUGGCCCAUUGAAGCGUAACAUCAACGAGAAGAUCUGCAAAGAUGAUAAUAUGCAGCUUCCACCAAAUGUGGAUCCUUGUCAAAACUCUGAGAUGAGUGAUAAUUGCCAAGUUCAUGACACGCCAGCUUCUGCACCAGAAACUGGUAAUUCUUCAACUCAGAACUGUUUACUGGCAGCAGAGCCCAAAGGAUCAGAAAGUUUAUUCUUCUCCAGUCAUGUUGCAAAAGAUUUUCUCGCUCAGAGAUGGAAAGAAGCUAUUUCAGGUGACCAUGUAAAGUUGGUGCUAUUUCCAGAAUCCAAACCCCAAAGAUCGCGAGAGACUCAGAAUUGGCCCCAAGAAAUCUCGUACUAUAAUAAUAAGAUGAGCACUCUCGGAAGUGCAGAGAGCCGUGUUGUUGAUGGAGUUGCAGUUGAGUCCAUGUCCUCUGUGAAUGGUACCACCAAUUUCAGAGUGAAGCAAGCAGCGGGUUUGAAGAAAAGGUACGUGCCAAAAGUAAGAGCCAGUACCUGAUUCCGGUGGGGGAGACAACAGGAAACGAUCUGUUGUUAUACAAGCAUGCACAGGUAAGUAGGAGGUACCUAAAAUUGCAACUCUCAACAGAGGUACUAGUUUUAUCAAAUGGUCUUCUGCUUGGAGUUUAGAGUAGUUUCAUCCUAAAAGAUCUCUUCUAAUUCUUCGCUUCCUGCCCAUGGUACUAGUAGAACACAAAUGGAUUAGUCAGGUCUCCUUGGCAUCAAUUAUUUAACUCUGUAAUAAGAAAAAUUUUGGCUGUGUUCAUGGAUAUAUUAAGCUCCAAUUCUCAACCGGUUUUCCCAUA